AUGAGAGUCCGCGGAGCAUUCCACCUUCUGCUUGUGUGCCUGAGCCCAGCACUGGUGCCCGCUGUGCGGAUCAGUGGGGAUGAACAGGAAGUCCUGCAAGUGGCGGAAGGUGACAGCGUGAGACUGGGCUGCCCCUACAUCCUGGACCCUGAGGACGAUGGUCCUAAUGCGCUGGGCAUCGAGUGGAAGCAGGUCAACCCAGAUCCCUCACAUCAGAAGAAAGUGUUCCUUAGUUACCAGGACAAGAGGGUCAACCAUGGCGAACUCCCCGAUCUGCAGAAGAGGGCCCACUUUGCAGCCCCAGAUCCCAGCCAGUACGAUGCCUCCAUCAACCUCGCGAACCUGCAGAUAUCCGACACAGCUACCUAUGAGUGCCGGGUGAAGAAGACCACCGUUGCCACCCGGACGGUCAUCAUCACUGUCCUAACACGGCCUCUGGUGCCCACGUGCUGGUUUGAGGGCGACAUGGUACCUGGCAGAAAUGUGGUGCUGAAGUGCUUUGUCAGUGGGGGCAGCCUGCCUCUCACCUACCAGUGGGACAAGAUCAGCACGCUCACCAACGCCUACAGUGCUGGUUCCUACCAGUCCCAGAACGGCGUAAACUCUAUGGUCACCUCCAACAUGUCCUACAGCAUCGUAACUGAAGGCAUGCACAAUCAUGAGCUGGUGUUGAAGAACAUCUCCCCAAAGGAUAAUGGGCUGUAUCAGUGCACAGUGGCCAACCAUGUAGGCUACGCCGUAUGUAUGGUGAUAAUGAAGGUCUCAGGAGGCUGGACCAUAGGAAUGAUCAUUGGCGUAGUGCUGGGCUCUUUACUCUUGCUGGGCUGCCUGAUAUUGGGCAUCUGGUGGCUCCUCCGCUGCUGCUGCAGGGGGCCCCGCGGUGCCUUCUGCCACUGUGGCAAGGCCCGCAGAGAGGCCUGCUGCGACUUGCCUAAUGAUAUCAGAGAGGACGACGUGGCUCCCGGGUGCAAGGCCAAAGGGCACGGCAGCAGCGUUACCCACUUCCUGGGGUUCCCGAUGCAGAAGAUCAGGCGCUCCCUGAGCCUCAAGCACGCGCCUCCUCACUGCGAAGGCCCCGAGGACUCGGCCAUGUCUUCCAGCGCCGCCGCCGCCGCUCUAGACUGCAAAGCGGACCAGUCUCGGGUCUACGUCAAGGUCAAGAGUGGAGAGCCAGCCGACUGCGCCGCCGAGGGGCCGCUGCCGCGCAAGGACGGCCUCCUGGUGUGA